AGAUAUGUUCUACUAAAAAACACACCGGCAAUUGCAGACUUUUUCCAAGAGCUUGUACGCAAGGUUAUGGAAGUGUCUCAUCGAAUGGACCACAAGGGUGCAUUGCAGCCGUCCAGCGAUACCCGGUUUGCAAAGGAAGUUCCAUAUGAACAGUACGUUCAGAAUGCCCACUACUCCAUCUCAGAGCUCCUUGUACGCAACCAUGGGUCUGGUAUUCCACAGACAACUGUUUGCAAAGGCAAAAGCAAAACGCAUGUAUAUCCACUAGUGCAGAUGGGUAUAUUCGGUGUCAAGCAGGAUCAAGACACCAUUAUGAAUCUCCUUGCAAGCGCUCGAUCCGAGUCUCGCAUACAGAUUGCGGCUGGGUAUCUGAACUUUCCGCAGUACAUCGAGGACGCUAUCCUGAAUUCGAAGGCCUCCUUCAGCGUCUUGACAGCAGCUCCAACGGCCAACGGCUUCUUUGGUUCAAAGGGUAUCUCAGGGCAUAUUCCCGGGCUAUACUCCGCAAUUGAGCAUGGCUUUUUCAAUCGCGUGAGCAACCUUGCGGAGGCUACUUCUUCCCAUGCUCGGAUCAGAUUGUUCGAGUACUGUCGAAGCAAGUGGACGUUCCAUGGCAAAGGGCUGUGGUAUUACAAGGAUGGAGAGGAGAGUCCCAGCUUAACGCUGAUCGGUUCCCCAAAUUUUGGGCGUCGAUCUCAGUACCGUGAUUUGGAAGCGCAGGUGGCGAUAGUUACGGAUGACGAAACAUUGAAAGCGAAAUUUAGAGAGGAAAAUGAUUUGCUCACGAAGUACAGUACAGAGGUGGACAGGACAACCUUCAACAAACCCGAGCACACAGUCCCACGAUGGGUCCAAUUCGUUGGCCGAUACUUCGCCAAGUCAUUCUUAUAGUGCCGAAAGUGGAGACCACGCGCUUCGCGCAGAUGAGUCAGAUUUUGAGCUGAUAGCGCGUUUUAAACUCUAGCGUAUACAGUUCCUCUUAGCUAUGCGUUUGGGGAUGUCUUCACGUAAUAAAUGAUCGAUAAAGUAUGCUUCACUAUUUAGCGCCCGCUGUUUGCUUUAAGGCCUCGUUAAUUUGUGAAUUCUUGCUGUUAGGACCACUACCAAACGGCUAUUAUUCGUCUUGAGAGUAGUGGUGGACUAGUAACCCGGCUGGCCACACGUUUAACGUUUAAAACGCUACAAUCGGUUUAAGCUGAAGUUCAAGAGUUGGAAAAAAGCGGCACUGAUUUCCCCAUUUCGAUGUAUAC